GAGAAGGGUAUGUGCAUGUGUGGGCUUUGUCCUCAAAAGUAGCAAGAAAGUGUUUCUUUUUUUUGGGUGAGAAAAAAUGGCUGAUGUCUCAGUCAAUUUCAGGGAAUUUCGGGCAAGUGACAGGGAUGGCAAACUCCAGGAUGCAAAGCCUGGGCUGGAAGGCGAGAGGCUGGACAGUGGUAUCGAUUCCAUGAAAGAAGCGGACGAGAGCCUGAGCAGUGUCACUGACCAGCUGGUUUACCUGGACAUCGCCAGUGGGAGUGUGGACAGACCACUCCAGAGCUGGACAAAGUUCAGGACUGAAGACGGAGACACGUUCCUCCAUCUGGCAAUUCUGCACCAGCGCCCUGACAUUGCCAGUUUCCUCUUGCGGUCUGAACCAUCCGUUAUUGACAUCCGCAACAAGUCCCGACAGAGCCCUUUGCAUUUGUCAGUGAUCAUGAGGAUGCCGGGAGUGACCAGGGAGCUGGCACAGGCUGGGGCGGACCUGGAGAGUUUAGACAGCUUCGGGAAUACCCCGUUGCACCUGGCCUGCGAGCAGGGGGACCUGGACUGCGUUGAUGCACUCCUCGAUCCGAUGGGCACCAGCAACAUCACCCAACAGCGUCAAGCACAGGAUCUGGAAUGGCGUAAUUACUGCGGUCACACAUGUCUUCACAUCGCAGCAAUGAAAGGAGACUGUGACACAGUGGCGCGAUUGCUAGCUUCAGGAGCCAACAUUAAUGCUCAGGAACCAAACAGUGGGAGGACACCCCUGCACCUGGCGGUGGAGUUUCAGCAUCGGGAGGUGGUUCAGCUCCUCAUUGAGCAGGGCGUGGAUGUCAACCGGUUAAUGUACAACAGCUGCACUGCCUUCCACCUGACAGCAGGCCGGCCGGACCUCCAGAUCCGGGAGCAGCUUUCUCAGCUCACCAGCUCCUCGCUGAUCCCACUGUAUGAGUCCUCUGACUCCGAGUCUGAGCCAGAGUGGGACGCCCGGUCAGACUGUGAGAUGCCUCUAGACUACGAUGAUCUUCAAAUCAGAGGCCAUUCCCUCCAUUGAUCACUGAAGACACUCAAAGCUGAUCAUCAACUUGUGUUCCAACUGAAACAAUGAUUGUGUUAUUGAAGAGGAACUUACAAACAGACUAUACGUACAGCAGUGACCUUUCCUCACCCCAUGGCCCACAGACUGACUCUAUCCUUCCACAGAUCCUCGGGAGAUCUGGCCACUUGGAGGAUGAGUCACCAUAAGUCGGGAUGCUGACUGUAUCAUGUGGAGCUCUGUAGAGCUCACUGUAACUUAAAAAAACAGCACUUUGCGAGAUACUGUUGAAAAUGUUAGUGGAAAAUGAGGAAACUGGGGAAUGUGAAUGACCAGCCUGGGCAGUAAUGGGACAGGAGAUUACACAUGAACUUAGGAACUAAAUGGGCAGAAAUACUGGGACAUUCCCCCUUGCCCUUGCUUCUCACAGUCAGGACAGGGGCAAGAGAAGCAUGUUAACUUCAUUUAGAUUAUUGCUAAUAUGUCGUGGGGAACGGGACAUCAUCUCUUUGUUCCCACUCGUCCUGGCUGAAGCUAUGAACCAUUGACCAGUGGUGACUCCUGCCUAACUCAUGACAGACACAUGGUUUGAGAAAUAACCCCAAGGGAGGGGGCUGGGCCAUUUAUUUUUUAGUGUCACUGAACUCAGAGUUUAGUCUAUACACAUAAACUGAUGAGAAGAGAGACUGUUACCUGGGGGUACUUUAACUCCAGCCAGGCCCACCUAGGGGACCCCUAAGGCUGAGUGAGAGAUUGCACUGUGACAUGGUAUGAAUGCAAGGCCAGCACUAUUAGAUGGUGCAAAAGCCCAGAAGGUAUCUUGCCGUCGCUGGGUUCAAAUCUCAUCUUGAGAUCACACCCUUUGCUGUUGACUUGAGAGGGAGAUAGUGAGAGGGAAGCUGAAAUGCCUGAACCCAGUUUCUCCUUGGCUCAUGAUGCUAAACCCCCCUCUCACCCAAGGAUCUCUCAAUAGGAAGCACCACUCAGACUAGGGAUGAGCCUCACAGCGAGUGGGACUGAAGCCUGAAUGACAAAGACAUAGCUUCACUUUGUUAACUUCUUCCCAAGAGUUGAACUUCAUGGUGGAUUGGCGGGGGGCAGAUGCAGUGACGAUCUCAAUGUUAUGGCAACAUUAAUUAUACCAGUUCUCCCAAAUGUCAUGCCAAACCCACCCACCAAUGUGCUCAUGGACCUUAUUGUGACCUCUUUUCACAUAGGCCCUUUUGCAAUAAAUCAUUGAGUUGGUGCUAUGCCAGGUUCUUUGUGCAAACUCUCCCCUCUAGGUCACUAUCAACUCUGAAUGCCCACAUGUACAUCGCAUUUGGCAAAUUGCUUCAACAGCUGAUCACAGGCAGAAUGGAUACAAAUCCUUUCAUUCAUAUCUUGGGUAUUGAGGAUUGGGAUGAACUAAUAACUCACUGUGGACUUGUACCUGACUAUACCAAGUAGAUAUUGUGGAUUGUGUAAACAUUUAUGGAGAAAGGGAUGAUGUUUUGAUGGAUCUUUAUUUGUAUUUAUGAUGCCAAUUUCAGGCACUGUCACUGACAGUGGGCAGAAAUCAAGAGUGCCGCCCCUAGCAGAGGCCCCUGGCUUUUUGACCUGUGCACAGCAGCCCACUCUCGACCCUAGCACUGUAGGCCCGAUGGAUGCCAGGGUCCAUUAGUGGACUCUGAUAUACCCUCCCUGUACCUAUCCCUCCUGGUUAGUGUAAAUUCAUGUUCAGAUGGUAGAAUGGAAUGGGCAAUGGUAAACUGGACAAGCAUUGUACCCAAAAAUGACUUUGGACCCCAUCGUAUCCGAGCUGCAGCAAAUGCCAGUUGACUGCCUAUAGCUCUAACAUGUUGGAACUACAGAAGAAAUGGUGGUAUUCCAUCUAGCCUUCCCUACAACUGAAAAUCUUGACCAGCUGUUUCUUUCAGGAGUGACAAGCUACUGGGGGUAAACCCAGGGACAAAUAAGUGGGGGUGUAAAAUGAGGCUAGGGAUUUCAACAUGCACCCGUGAAGCAACAGAACGAAGCCAGGAGGUGACAAGGACUCAGUGUUAUCAAGAUCCUUGCCAUCUGUAUGAUGGGAUCACUCUCACUCCCAGGCAGGAUGGGAGCCAGAGUCCUCUUGAAAGCGCAAAGUGUUAGAGCUAGGGGUCACCUUCCCACCCAAACUAGAGGAGACAAUAUUUUACAAAUCUUCAUUUCAACUGUUAAGAGUGCUGAAGGAACAAGAUAGGAUGGGAGAAAGAUUGAUGCAAUAACAUGGGGAAAAUAAUCUAACACCAUAUUCAUAAUUUCCCCAAUUCGAGAAAGAAGGGUAUUGGUGAGCCAUGACCGUGUAAUUAGCUGAAAUACUUUAUUCUGUUGCUGCUUUUUGGAAUGUUUUGAAUUGUGCAGAAAGUGACCUGUUUCAUACACAU